AUGACAAUGCAGAGGAAGUUCAUGUGUGGAGCAGAUAAGCAGGCUAAACUCAAGAUGGAAAGAAACGUGCCACAUCCAAGAAGAGGCAGACCAUAUGACCAAGAUAGCUGGUACAUGGCGUCAUUAGUAGCGUCAUUACUCACUACAAACAAGAAAAACAAACAAAUGUCAAGGAAUGGUUCCACGCAGCGCUAUGACAAGCGACCUCAACGGUUCCAGUAUAAGCUAGUACUGGUGGGUGAAGCAGGUGUCGGCAAGUCAAGUCUGGCUAUGCAGUAUGUCAGAGGAGAAUUCGAUAAAGAUAUGCAGACAACCAUUGGAGCUGCGUUCACGUCCAAAACACUUCAUGUAGAAAAUGCACUUAUAGAAUUACAAAUAUGGGACACUGCGGGAACUGAAAAGUAUCACAGUUUAGCGUCAAUGUACUACAGAGGGGCGCAUGCCGCCAUCGUCGUUUAUGACAUCACACAGCAGACUACAUUUUUGCGAGUCAACUCAUGGGUGAGGGAACUACACAGACAAGCCACUCCCAAUAUUGCAAUAAUUUUGGCUGGUAAUAAAGCCGAUCUGGAAGACACGAGAAAAGUGUCCUGUGAAGAUGCCCAAGCAUACGCCAAUGACAACAGUAUCACUUUUAUAGAAACCUCUGCAAAAACCGCUUUGAAUGUCGAUGACCUCUUUUCUACAUUAGCAAUAAAACUUCACGAAGAAAACAUGAAACUUCUAGAGAAUGAAAAAGGAGAUCCUGAUACACUUAAAAUUGGUAGCAAGUUACCUGCCGACCAGUCAACACAUAAACGUCGUUGCUGUAAAACGUGACUUUGACAAUUCCUCAAGUCGUGAGAAGUCACCCAUAGCUGGACUUAGCAAAAGAUUCUAUGAUGUCACACUUUACCCAUAAUCCUUUGCUGAAGAAUCAACAUGUAGGUCUACAUAAAUUGAUGAAAAAUUGAAUAUCAAGAGAAUGAG